AUGGCUUGUCUCGUACACAAUCCAAGAUAUCGUUCCUUAUUUCAUGCUGUUGUCAAUGAAAUUCGACAACAAAAUUGUAUACCUGUAUGUAAGUUGCGAAAUAUGUCUCGCCAAUGCUGUACAUGCAACAUUGUUGACCAGGAAUCACCAACAAGUGUUGCUAUUGAUUGCAAAAAUAAAGUAAUGAAAUUAAAAGUUCUUACCGAUAAAAUAGAUCGAGAUAAAACAAGUGAUCCCAAACUUUGUCUAUCAUUGUACAGAUUAGAAAAAUGUAUAAAAGAGAAUUGGAUUUCACGUAGAUACGUAUUAUCAACAUCAACUGUUGAUAAACCUAUAAGAAAACUUGAUAAUGAUUCAUCUGAUUUUGAAGAAAAGCAAAUUAUGGAUGUUCGAGGAUCUAUGCUAAGAAGAAACAGAAGCAGUAACUUACGAGAAGCACUUAAAGAUGGAAGAUUUCUUUAUUUACCAUAUAAACUUGAAAGAAAGUCAAAUCUGGAUUCACUAAAUGAAGCUGCAAAAAAAGUACAACGUAGUCGAUUUCUCGGUAGAAAUGGUUACAUCGCAUCUUUAGAAAAACAGCACAAUAUUUAUAUCAAUAUGAUAACAUUGAAAACUACUAAAGCGAUUAUAAGAAUACUCAAAAGUGCGAAAGCAGGCAAAGGAAAUGUAACAAUUCAUAAUGCAGAAGAUCUGUCAGAGGUCGAAGAUGGUGAAUGGUUGUUGGUUCGCGCGAGAAUACGUGAAGGGAAAGGAAAUGAAGUUGAUUUUGAUUCCAUAAUGGAAGAACUCACACUCCGAUGGGAUUGGUAUUUGAAACAACUAAUGAAAAAGAAAAUGUGA